UGUAUACAAAAUGAAGCAGAGAAUGAUAGAAGAACAGUGAUAUGUAUUUUAUAAAAAAUAGAGGCUGGUAAUCUUAUUUAACUUAUAAACAAAAAAAUAUUUUUUAAAAAGGGGGUUACAAGUUGUAAAUAAAAAAAUACUCGAAUAAAAGUUGGACAUGUUUCCUAUAUCAUUAUUCGUCAUUGUCAUGCUUGCAUUGACAAAUUUUUUACAAACAAAAGACGCCUGUCAACCUGGAAUUAAACUUGUGAGUAAGGGGAAGUUUUAUCUUAUAGGUUUGUUCUCCGUUAACGCGAACGGUUCGGCAGAGUUAUUUGAAACGCAAGGACUGUUAUGGUCUCUAGCCAUGAUCGAUGCAAUUGAGCAGCAUAAUUUACGGAACAGAACACAGAUAGGUUACAUGAUAUACGACACCUGUAGUAACCAUAACAACCUCAUGAAAAUAAUAUUAGACUUGACCCUUGACAAAAGCUACUUCCCAACUAACAAUGAUCUAAAUUCAUCUUGUAAUACGUGUGAAACUCUGUCCAACGUACCCAUAAUGGCUGUGUUUGGAAGAAUGUCAAGGGACCUAGCAAGUAGAGUUAACAACUUGCUACGACCCAACAAUAUACCGUUCUUUUGUUACACCGGAGACGAAACUUCGAGCAGUUUGGAUAGUAACGAUUACGCGAACUUUCGACAAAUAAAAACAGCAACAAAAGACGGAGUCGUGUUAAUCAGUGACGUCAUUAAGCAGAAGAACUGGACUUACGUCGGGAUAAUAACAACGAACGACGUGUUUGGGACGAACGCUCGAAAGAUUUUGUGGAGUCAGUUAAAAAACAUCACAUGUCUCGUGACAAAAACAUUCAGGGUAAACAACAUCACAUCCAUAAGAAAUGUUAUAAGACUACUGCAGAAAGACGAAGAACUUAAAAUUAUCAUUUUGUGGGUGAGCCGGGCCGACGCCCAGAAUUUCCUCACUGAAGUGGAACGGAUGAAACUUUAUCAUAGAACAUGGAUCGCUAAUACCGCCUGGUCAACAAUGACUGUAUUUCUGUCCAAACUGAACACAAAUGUCACACAGGGGAUUGUGCAAUCUUCUGGAACUUUAAGAAUAACAGAAUACCACGCGCGGUUGAUGGAGUAUUUCAGCUUACGAACACACAACACAUCAAACACUAACCAAUGGUUAAAAACCUAUUUCGAAAAAAACAGCAUCUACAGUAAUACAAGCACACAGCUGUGGGAACUGCGGGAACAUUUUAACAUCGACGAGUCGAAAUACGCAUCUUCUGCUAUAAACAACGCCUUGCUUUCAAUAGAACACAUCAUGAAAUACGCCGGACAUCUUUACAGCAGCAAAAAUUACAGAUUAUCGAUUCGAAUCAUUAAAUACACUCGAACAAGUUUAGUUCAAAGAUUUAAAAACUUGAAAGAUAAAUACCCCUUUAUUUCUAUCCUUUUUGACCCCAAAGGAAGGAAACCGUCUACCAUGCUGUACUGGCCUCUUUUCAAUGAACACAUAGAUGUUCUUCCUUGGGCAGGUGGCGGGGGCAGGUAUACUAAUCCCCCUGUUUCAACGUGCCAAAAGCCGAAGUGUCAGCCAAGUUACCAAUCAAGCUGGGGGGUAUGGAAAGAUUUCCAUGACACUAAUUGGGACUGUAGAUUAGGAUGGAAAUGCACCAAAUGUCCGUACGAUUUAGUCAGCUUUCAUGGAAACGCAUGUGUAAAAUGUCCAAAACAAGCUGUACCAAACAAGCAACAAACAGAGUGCAACUUCUACAAGAUUAAAUAUCAACACAACAAUUUUGAAAGUUACGUUGUGUAUGCUGUAGCAGGUAUUGGUGUGAGCCUCACUUUGUUUAUAACCACUGUUUUCGUGUACAAUCGUGGUACACCGCUUAUUAAAUCGUCAAACAUGAACAUGUCAAUAAUGCAGCUACUAACACACGUGCUGCUGUUCUUACUUGCAUUGUUGUGGAUUGGAAUGCCGACAUACUGGAAGUGCAUUUUGGGACCUGGCUUAACUGGAUUCUUAUAUACUAUCAACUUGUCGAUAACUUUAGUGAAGACACAAAGAUUUUCUCGCAUCUUUAAAUCAAGAACUCUUUUUUCGCGAAGACAAAUACAACGGUCUUUCGUCAACGAUUGUUUUGUUGCGUCGUUGCUUGUCGUUAUUCAAUUUGCGGUUUUCAGUUUAUCAACAGUUAUUCAACCAGUGCGAGUACUGCUUACUAAGGAGCCAUCAACUUUAACAGAGCAUCUUCGUUGCAACACCACAUCCCAUCUAUAUGUACAGUUGCUCUAUCUGCUUGUCUUGUCGAUGUUGAUUAUGAUCAACUCCUACAAAGCAAGAAAGCUGCCGGAAAACUUCAACGAAACAAAGUUUAUUUGCUAUGGAGUCUUCGUUUUUAUGGUUACCAUCAUGGCUUUAGUACCAAUACAACUUGGACGCAAGUUUGGCGAACGAUUCGUGAUCGUAGACACUUUGUUGAUCUCGUUGCCGAAUUUCGCGUUGUUGGUGUUUAUGUAUACUUUAAAAGUCUAUAUUGUUUUGUUCAAGCCAGAGAAAAACACUGUCACUGUAAUGCGGUCGCAACUACUGCAAAAAAUGAGCGAAAAAGUUCAAAGGAGUAUAGACAAUUCUACAACACAAAAGUGAAUCUGCAAUCAUGUACAGAAAUAUUAAGACGAAGGAAGCUUUUUCGUCAGUUUUAAAAUAUGGAGACAAGCGUCAAACAGUUACUGCUCUACAGCCGGUGGGCUGCACGGUCCUUACUUUUGCGCAUGCGUAGGCCAGGCGAACAGUUCACUGGUAAUUCCUUAGCACGUCGGCACAACGACAUAAUCGACGUAGGGGUCAAAGAUACCAAAAUUCGUGAAAAAUGACCAUGCUGACGUCAGCAACAAUCACCGCGUUUCAAGAGUUUGGAUUUUACUAAAUAACAAUUUAACAAUAAAGAAGUGAACUUGAACAAGUUCCAAAUGGGUGAAUCUGACUUUGACAUUAACCAGUUAAUUAAAACAAGAUUAUAGCUUUCGACAAGAAUAAAGCAAGAUUCCCAUCUACUGCAAGUGAAACUAAUAUAAAAGAUUUCAGAUUCAGUGAAGCACGUAAUAUCUUUUUCAAAAACUAACAUUCACAGGGACUAUGAUAAAACCUAUUGUUCCUUCUGCAAAGAAAAACAAGUGUUUAGCAUUUUUAAUUUUGCAGAAUAAGUGGAUUUUUGUGGAUGUUAUUGAUGUUAAUUUUGAGUGGCACCAGGUUGAGCGUGUAGUGCAAGUAAACCAUGUUGCAGAUCAAGGUGGACACAAAAAUAACUUUCUCACAACUUUGUAUUUGUACAGCAUAAAAUUUAGAUUAAAUAUUUGGCACUGUGCUUUAGAAGCACAUUCUCACUUUCUCUGGGCUAAAUAAAACAUUUAGUCCUAAACUUAGGACACUUUUUAUCUUUCUUACUUAUUUCAAUCAUGAGAAUUGCUUCUAAUGUUUUCUGCACAUUGUCAAUAUUUGUAUGCUGUCAAAAAAUAUGUCUCCAAAAUGGCUAAAUUCAGGAACUCUGGAACUUUGGUUUAAUUUCAUUAAACUGGUCUGAAAACAUAAUACACUAUGUUUAAGUCAUUAUUUCAAUUAUUUAGUUAUAGGACUUUUAACUUCUAUGAAAAGCAUGGGUUUUUUAUUCUACUGACACCAAUUGGAAUUAUCUUGUUUCAUUUUAAUAAAAUAUUUGAAAUCUUGAUAUACCACAGUGGUAUGCCGUUCACUCUUCACGAAUG